AUGAUUAGAAGCUUACGAUUAUCAUUAUCCCUUCCUCGGAGGUUCUCUUCUUCUCCUUCAGCUCAUGCCAUACCUAUUGUCAUUGAUAAUGAAGGUCGAGGGGAAAGGAGUUAUGACAUAUACAGUCGUCUCCUACGCGAUAGGAUAAUUUGUCUCAUGACUCCAGUUGAUGAUUUCAUAGCUUCAUCUAUAAUCGCUCAGCUUCUAUUCUUACAAAGUGAAAGCAGCAAAAAGCCUAUCCAUAUGUACAUAAACAGUCCUGGAGGAAGUGUAACUGCUGGAUUGGCCAUAUAUGAUACAAUGCAAAUGAUCACAGCCCCAGUAUCAACUUGGUGCGUAGGACAAGCUUCUUCCAUGGGUUCAUUACUAUUGUGUGCUGGAGAGAGAGGUAUGAGAACGGCUCUUCCCAACUCCAGAAUCAUGGUUCACCAACCUAGCGGCGGAGCUCAGGGCACUUGUUCUGAUAUUCUUAUUAGAGCUGAAGAAAUUGCACGGUUGAAAAAGCGAACAAACGAGAUAUAUGUUCAUCACACAGGUCAAACGUAUGAGGUCAUCCAAUCUACUCUCGACAGAGAUAAGUUCAUGAGUUCCAAGGAAGCAUUAAGUUUCGGUUUGAUUGAUAAAAUAGAAUCUCAUGCGGGAUCCAUGCCAUCUGAAUAA